CUAAAGCACAAUAAUCAAUAGCUCAAAGGUUGGCCUAAGUAAAUCUUCUCUAGUCGCUGCAGUAUUCCUCAGGCCACUGACCUGGCCAGAGAUCAGUGUUGUAGAACAAAGCAACAGCGCAGGUCUUUAAAAACGGAAAUAAAAUCACGUCAGGAUGAAGCUUUUGAAAUGCGUGUGGAUUUUCUGGACGUUUGCCCUCUGUUCAGUCCACGCCACAGAAAUCUGCAAUGCAAAGCCUAAAGAUAUGCCCUUGGAGCCGAUGUGUGUCUACCGCAACCCGUAUGCAGCCAUAGAGCCCACUGAGGCACCCGACAAGAUCCCGAGUGGCACCAACCCCCGAGUGCUGGAACUGUCCAAAGCCAACAGCCGCUUCGCCAUCUCUCUUUUCAAGCAGCUUUCUGAGAAUAAAUCCAGCGAUAAAAACAUUUUUCUGUCUCCGCUUAGCAUUUCAACUGCAUUCGCGAUGACAAAACUUGGGGCUUGCAAUGCUACGCUGGAGCAGAUCAUGAAAGUGUUUAAGUUCGAUAUGAUAAAGGAGAAGACAUCGGAUCAGGUUCAUUUUUUCUUCGCCAAGCUGAAUUGUCGACUUUACCGCAAAAAGCACGAGACGACGGAGCUGAUCUCCGCGAACCGUUUGUUUGGAGACAAAUCAACGGUUUUCAACGAGACCUACCAGCACAUCAGCGAGAAGGUCUAUGGAGCCAAGAUGAUGCCUCUGAAUUUUAAGGAGAAACCUGACGUUUCGAGGAUGGUGAUAAAUGAUUGGAUCGCAAACAAAACAGAGGACAAAAUUAAAGACACCCUUCCAGAAGGUUCAAUAGACUCCAACACCAUAUUAGUCCUGGUCAACGCCAUCUACUUCAAAGGUCAAUGGAAGCAUAAGUUUGAUAAGAAAGAUGUCACAGAAGCAGACUUUUACAUUAGCGAAGAGCACAAGUGUUCUGUACCCAUGAUGUAUCAAGAAAAGAAGUUCCAAUAUGCCUCCAUAGCCGACGACAACGUGAAGAUAAUCGAGUUGCCCUAUAAUGGUGGUGACAUCACAAUGGUACUGAUUUUACCCGAUGAAGAAACACCUCUGUCGGACGUGGUGGCGAACAUGAACCUCAAGAAACUUGUCAGUUGGUUAGAUCAAAUGAAAGAGACCACGGUGACCAUGCAGAUCCCUCGUUUCCAUAUCGAGGACAGCUUGAGUCUCAAAGAUGAACUUACGAAAAUGGGCCUUGUGGAUCUUUUUAGUCAGAGCGACGCCAAUCUUCCAGGCAUGGUUGCUGGUGAUGGACCCAACCUGUACAUCUCUGACGCCUACCACAAGGCCUUCCUCGAGGUAAACGAAGAGGGCAGCGAGGCUGCCGCCGCCACAGCAGUAGUGGCCAAAGGACGCUCAAUAAACCCCUUUCGAGAGUCAUUCUUAGCAAACAGACCCUUCCUUCUGUUGAUCCGCGAGUCCAGUAUCAAUGCAUUGCUCUUCACCGGUCGUGUGGCAAACCCUUGUGGAAGCAGCUAAUUUGGAUCCAUCUGAAUCUGUGAUGAUGGUUUUUGCUUAAACUUGUGGUUUUAUUAUCUUGAGAAACCUUCCCUGUACCUUUCUGUAUUAGGGCAAUUCCAUGCAAAUGUCAACCUUAUCAUGAAUGUUUUUAGCCAAAGUUUUUAACCAUAGUGAUAUCUUAGAUGUCAAUAUUUGGUGGUUUAAGUACCCAAGUCUUUUAAAGCAUUUUUUCAUAGUUAAGUGCAAUUUUUAGAAUUGUCACGUCCAUAACGUUGUUUUUUUUCUUAUAAAUGCGCAUACAAAAAUUAUAAUAAAAUAAAUAUUAAAUGUU